GGCCACGCCCCCUCCGCAGCAAGUCCUGUCACGUGAGUGGGUGAGGGCGGGGGGCACGUGUUUUGCCACGAGUGUCCUCACGACUCGCCUGCAACACAGGCACGUUCCUUUUCAACCCUUUUUUGUGUGCUUGGAAAAACCGUGAAGGUGAGCGGUUGCAACAUAGCCGCCGGUUGGUUUGUGGCAACUUUGUAAACAUAACCCAAAUGUCUUUUCCGAGCGCCAAGACGUCCGCAUUUGAUAUGAUUUACGUAGUCUUUUUUUUCAAAUACGUUUUAGACUGGAGUCUUUUUUUAAAUGAAGGGAGUUAAAAGAAUUAAAAAGAAUAAAAUACAAUCGAAUAAAUUAAAAAGACCACUGGCGUACUCCAUGAGGACAGUGCUAUAUACAUGACAGACUAAUCAGCCAAUCAGCUUCUACUAUGCCUCAAAUGGGCGUGGCUUUUUCCUCAUGAAUAUCCAACACUCGCUCUGUAUGGGCACGGACAACACAAAGGGGAGCAGUGUAAGUCCGCAUCUCCGUGUUCUAUCGUCGACAGACGGACUUAAACAUCGCAGAAGUUGGAAGGUGACUCAUAGUACCGUUAUAUAUAUUAUUUUAAUCCUACGGCGAACAAUGCCCGGUAAAGCAGCGGUGGCUGUCUCGCAUCAGCCCGACACAACCGUCGACCCAGCGGCUAAGAAUAAGUCUUUCCCGUUUGUCAUAAAGAAGAUUAUGGACAUCCCCCCUCCCAACAUUCUGGAGGAAGGCGACGACGAGCUCGAGAAGGAGAAGCUGGGCUCAGCUGACGAUGUGGAGGGGGGCGGGGUUGCUGCAGCCAGUGCUGGUGGGGCUCCAAGGGGGAGCGGUGGGGGCAGUGCCGGACUGGUGUCAGCCUCAUUGACCCCAGCCAUUUGGGAGAAGACUAUUCCCUACGAUGGGGAGACCUUCCAUCUGGAGUACAUGGACCUGGAUGAGUUCCUGUUGGAGAAUGGAAUCCCCGCAAGCCUGGAGGAUGAGGAGCUGCAGAAGACGCUGACACCGGACGGAGGGAAAGGCAAGAGCACCCUCAAGGUUAGGGCCAUAGCCAGCGCCGCGACGACGUCGGCAGCCACGUCUCCUCUGCAUGCUCCAGACACCUCUACGGUCACCUCAGAUCCAGAGGAAGCGGUGACUGUCACCACGCUACUGCCCGCCAAAUUGGAGGAUGACGACGACGACAAUGAUGACGAAGAGGAUCAAGAAGAGGAAUCUUUGCCACAUGAGGCAAAAGCAGCAGAAGCUGUGGAAGUGAAUAAACACAAUCAUGGUACUGGAGAGCGUAACACGGCGUCUCCCGUCAACCCGGACGACAUCGAGGUGGAUGUUAACUUUCAGCCAGAUCCGACCGACCUGGUCCUGUCCAGUGUGCCGGGGGGAGAACUGUUCAACCCGCGCAAACACAAGUUCUCUGAUGAGGAGCUCAAGCCGCAGCCCAUGAUCAAGAAGGCCAAGAAAGUGUUUGUCCCCAACGAACAGAAGGAUGACAAAUAUUGGUCCAGGAGGAAGAAGAAUAACCUGGCCGCCAAACGUUCCCGUGACGCCCGCCGUCUCAAAGAAAACCAGAUCACAGUGCGCGCCUCUUUCCUGGAGCGGGAGAACGCAGUGCUGCGACAGCAAGUGGCAGAGAUGCGGAAAGACUGCGGUCGCUGCAAGAGCAUUGUGGCCCGCUAUGAGGCCAAGUACGGCUCGCUGUAAAGACCUGGUAAAAAUUCACCAAGUAUCAAUCUGACAAAAGCAGAACUUCCUACCCCGCAGAAUUCAACACAGACACAAACACACAAGGGAAAUCUAAAUUUGCACUCUUGCUGACCUCCGGUCACUGUGUCGAGCUGCAGUUGCGGGUCCGAACCUGACGCUGGAGUGGCGGCUGCACACUGGGGCUUGGCUGGGAGCGGGUGGUCAUGGGAAGGUCUGUGGAGAGCGCCUGGCUCCUUCACUGAGAGGAAGGCAAUGACACUCCCACGGACAGAGACAAAUGGAAAAUAUGGUUGGUCUUGAGAUACUUUCAAGGGAGUCAGGAAAUAUGAAAAUGGUAGGCUUAUAACACAAAAGUCACACAAAUCAUUUUUUUUUGAAUCACUGCAUAGCACUUCUUUCCGUGGACCAAAGCAUGAGUGCCAUCAGUUGUGUAUUUAGAAUGGUGCCCACUCACCACACUUUUCCUUGCGUCGUGUAUACAUUUGUGUCUAUAAUUCCUUUUCAUUCUCAAGAAGGAUGUAGAGGCUGAGACAGAAGAAGAAUGGAGUAGAAAUCAGGUACUUGGACCUGGAAGGAGUGGAAGCAAUAACCUCAGGUGCUGGAGGAGCGGUUGCAGUGAAUCUGUUUAGUUCUUCUGUCAACACACACACACUACAUGUGUAGUCAUCUCCAGUGUGUAUUCCAUUGUUGCACUUUUUCUUAGAAGACUCUCGUGGUUGCAAGUACCUUAUCAUCACUGUGGGAGAGACGGUAGCUUAAUAGAAAACAUGCAUAAAGCGCUCGUACUCAGCUUCCAGAGCUUCAUAAAAGAUUUGAUUCAAAAUAUGCCCUUUGAGUCAAUUUCCCCCCCCCCACUAAAAUAAAAAAAUAUUGUUUUCUUUUAUUCAGGUUACUGUCAAAUGUAUAGGUUUGAAGGUAUUGAGGGCCCUCCUUUUGCGGAGGGGUAUGUAUGUAGGGAUGUUUAUUUUACUACACUCUGCAGGUAGAAGGCGCUUGGAGCCCUCACCUGCCCUUAGUGUUGUGAUGGCUGGAUUGUUCUUAAAAAAAAAAACAACAAAAAAACUGAGUCGUCCCCAAAGGCGGUGACUUCAAACCCUGUAAAUAAAUGAUCAUCUGGAGGUCUUUAUAUCCUAAAACAGGGAUUUUUGACUGUGUCUUCAUAAUCCAAUGCUAUUCCUACAAAUAGUCAGUGAGUGCUGUAUUCAUUAUGAUGGUAAUAAUAAUGCAUCCGUUGAUUUUGAUGUACAAGAUUCUUUGUUAGAUUCUUUAUAUCCAUUUGAGGAAAAUGUGUCUAAUGAAAACCAAUGACUAAGCAGGGACUCCAAUGCGUUAACUGUGUUUGUUUUUAAAAACAGAGUCAUCGUUAUAAGCGAUACUUUGUGUUCAUUCAAUAUAUAGAUACAGUAUGUGUGUGUCUAGCACACAAAGGGCAGGGUAUACUCUUACCUCAUCCACCACUUCUUGGUUUAAAAAAAGAAUUGAACAGGUGAUGGUCGGAGUACAGAACACAUGCAGUAAAUGCAGCGUAUAGUUCUGUUUGGCAAAACAUCAAAUCCUAUUUUUUUUUUUUUUUUUUGGAGUUGUCAGACUGGCUGGCUGUUUUAUUUAGCAAGUACAUUACAGACUGUUAUAAGACUCCAGUGUCUUCUACAGAUGCUGAGUUUUUUUUUUUUUUUUUGGGUGAUUGGUGGGCUUGUGCUCCAAUUGUGGCAAUAAUAUCCCGUUAUAUAUUGCUUGUUUGAAUUCGGUGGUAUUGUGUGUAAAACUACCAUGGGUUUUUUUUCCAAGAGGAAAUGCCCCAAAGUUUUCUCUGUGCUUCCAAUUUGAUCCUCUGUAGUCUAGGAUCCUAAUGCAUGAAACCCAGUGUACUUUGUCUUCUAUCAAUGUCUUGACUAUUCUACACCAAGUGUACUUAUGUCUGUAAAGCAUCACUGAAGAGCAGACAUGCUUCUGAUGGGCGUAUUAAUGCAGAGCAUCUGUAUUAUGAUGUUAUGACCCGUAUAAGAAUGCCAGCCAUCUGAGUGCGGUCCGCUUGAUUGACUCUUGGGGCAAACAUCAAACAUCCGCUGAAAAUGGCAUCUUUUGAUCACUGUGUGGAUUAUUUCCUAUGAAUUACAAAUUGAUCCAUAUGUAGAUUCACUGGAUCAGUUGGUGCAUAAGUGUUUUUCUUGAUCGUUUCAGUUUCAAGAGGGUGAAGUUUCACAGACAAUUCUUAUUUUGAGAGUUUAUUUUGUAUUGACAUUCAAACAAAAUAUGCACUCCUGUUCAUGUGUCAGUACAGCCAGUGAGUUUUUAAAUUAAAUUCAAAGAGGUGUGCAUACUUCUCACAAAGCCCCGAGAGAAUGUUUUCGAUCAUUUACUGGGGUAGGUCAGUAUGUAGCAUUUAUUUAUUUUAUUUUUUUAAUUGCUGCGAAGCAACGAAGUGAAACUAGCUUAAAGAUAACAGAUACACACUGUCAUAUGAAACAAAUUCCCAAUUCUAUGUAGUAUUGGUCUGCUCCACUAAGAACAAAAAGAGCAUUAGCAUGUGUGGUUGAAAAAGUUCCACUUCUAAAGUGUGCUGCACUUGCACCACUAAACACGUGCAAGCUCUUAUAGUUUUAUUUGUGGCUACUGCAUCUUUAUUUGAUGCACAACACAAACUAAAACAUUAUUUUUCAUGUUUAGUAAUGUGCAUGCAUAAGAUAUGCUCCUCAGUGUAAAACUUAAAUUGUCAAGCACAAACCCCAUUUAACAAUGUUUUUUUUUUUUUUUUUUUUUUUACCCGUUGGUGAUGCUAAUGUGUACAAUGGAAGGUAAAGGUAAAUCAGCCCUGUUUAGUUCUCAAACGGCUUAGUUUUUCUCCGCAUCACUUAGACUUGUUCGCUAUUUGAAGCAGCUACAAGUCCAUAAUACAGAAAAACUAUUUAAAGUUAUUAGGAGAUUUGAAAUUUUUAUUUGGCUUUUUUGGUGUUUUGCAUUACUUUGUUUCUAUAAAAAUGAUUCCUUUGGGUGUUUUUGUAUGGUCCUAACCAUGUAUGGAUACAUGACACUGCAUAGUCCUGUAUCAUGCGUAAAAAAUAAAUCCAGUUGUAAAGACAAAUGGGCUCAGUUUGACCUUGACAUGUCAUCAGACAGCUCCAUCCUCCCUUUGUGUUGACAGACACGAUAACAAAGGUGUUCUUUUAUAUGCCAUUUAUCUGCACGUGUAAACACACACGUCUUUUUGUUUGGAUGCUGCACGCGUUUUGCCGCCUCCUCACUGUUCCCUCAGCUUAUCAGUAUUCCAGAAGAGUAGGAGCUAUUGCGUAAUGAUCACAUCCACACACAGGGGAGCAGUGUUGCAUAACAGGAGUACAAAGAGGACGGGCGUGUGUAUUCAGAAAGGAAAGUCUGGGGACGCAAGCUCUGGGAAGCCGAAGAGAUAAUCGAGUGGAGGAAAUGAUGGAGGCUCUGAAGAGGGAGGGGCUUGAGGAUGGAAGAGGAACUGCUGAGGUGGGGCAAAAAAGAUGGAGAAGUGAGGGUGAUGUAGGAGAGAGUCAUGGAUGAGGCCAGUCCAGCCAUGUAUGAUAAACGUCUCAUGAUGAAAUCUCAAGUAAUAUCUUCUGGUAUGUCUCCUGCUGAGGUGGGUGCUGAGCAUUCUGGUGUCUCACCAACAGAGAUUUUCAUAUUUUCUUUGAAUAAUUGAUCAAACAUCACUGGAGUUUGUUUACUGCAAUAUUUGGAUGAGUCAUUCGAGCAUAUCGGUGUUCAAGAAGACAGGCGCUACUAGUCGGCAUUUUUCUUUAGCGCAGUGAUUCUCAAAAGUGUUACGUGAAAUAAUCAGUCCCUAAGUACAGUUCAGUUCAAUAAGUUUGCAUUUAAUCCUCGAACUCUUAAAAUUUAUAGGUACAAUUUAUUUGCAUUGCAUCUUUAAUAGCUUUUUAAAUAUUUAAGUAGAAUUUUUAACUUUGGUGUAAUACAUUUGAAUGAAAACAAAAUAAAUUGUAUUUUUCUAUAUGUAAGCACAACAUUAAUGUUCAGACUGCAUAAUGUUGCAGUGGCUUACAAAAUAUAAAUUUUAGGAAUUAAAUGUCUUGCUUUUUAUGACCCCUUACACCCACUAUGCUACUGAAUUAAAAAUGCUGUUCAUUAUGGUAGUACUUGAAGCGCUAGUCAUUUUUAGGUGGCACUUUGUGUUAAAACUUUGAGAACAGCAUGACAAAGAGACAGUCAGCUUAUUUUCCAUGCUUACUGGUCUUUUUAUUACAAACCUAAAAAAAGAAAUCGGAUACAAUUAUAAACUGCAGUAGUAAUGCCCCAUUCCAAGAAAACAGGUCAUUGCGUGAAAGACUUGUUAAACAUCUAUAAGGUGUACAGAUUUGAUACAAAAAUAGGAAAAAAUAAAAAUAGUCAGCAAAGCAAAUAACUAUUUGUAUGUUUUAAUUAUAUUAUACAUUUUAAUGUUGUCACAUAGAAAAUUUACUUUCAUAAUGAAAUAUUCCAAAGUGCAAAAUAAAACAAACUAAGAAUACAAACAGAAUACAAACCCUUGUUUGUCUUCAACCCCGAUUGUAGGAUGGCCUGCACUUAAAGAGUUUGGGGUGCUUUUCAAAUGGGUUAUUUCAAGCACACACACAAUCCAAUCGUUCUAAAUUUUAUAUGCACACCCUAUUUGGAGUUCUUUUAAGCGCAGUAAAAUAUGCAGGUAUCCCAGUUGGGCUUCCGCGGGCCAUCUCAACCGGGGCUUAAGAGUAUAACAUUCGUUUCCUUCGUCCUUCCUAUUAGAAGAGACCAAAAUACUGCGAUGCUAUUCAGGGAGAUGAGAGGUAGAAACCCACUGCAGGGUCUUUCGAAUUAUGGCCUUACAUUGCACUUGACAAGGGUGAUCCAGGAUCUGUGUAAGUGAUGACACUCUGGGAUAUGGCUAUAUCAUUGAGACCAGAGGGCCACACUUACGGGGGGGGGGGUUCCUAUGUUAGUUUUAAUUGAGAAUAAUCAGGGUCCGACUUUGUACUCAUAGUUCCAUCUUGCAAAAUUGCAUAUAAAUUCAUCUAUAUCGUGAGUUCUAGGGGAAUUUGUGUUUUCAGAUUGUAGCUAGGAGGAGGACAGUGAUUUGAACCAUCUUUUGUAAACAUUCACCUUUUCAAAACCCAGCUUUAAUACAUUUACCAAUCUCUCAUAGACUGCUGCUGUACAAGGUACAAUACACAUUCAAUAAUGAACUCUGUACAUAAUUGUAAUACUUCUAUUUAUUUUUACUCUCAGUUUGCAUAUAUUCAGGUUAAUUUCUGCAAAAAUAACUUCAGGAUGUAAGAAACUAAACAAAGAAUCUGAACAUAAGAACUUUAUAUUUACAUUUUCUCAGCCUUCAUAAUUAAUAGUUUUCAAAAACAAAAAUAUAUAGAACUAUCAGGUCUUUUUUUUUUUUUUUUUUUUUUUUUU